AUGGAUGGUGGACAAGAAUUACAACCUAUGGGGUCUUCAAAGAAGAGUAAUGAAGAUGGUGUAUUGUUGUCUGCUUUGUUUGGUGCAACACAGUUUAAAGAUGUAGAUCAUGAGUUUAGUCAUAGACAACAGUCAUUUAAAUCUACAAUAAGUACACCUGAAUCUCAAAAGAGAAGAGAAUACUAUUUAGAGAAACAAAAGUUAAAGAGACGUGAUCUAGUUAAUCAACUAAGAUCUGUAGUUUCUGAUUCUCAAAAUUAUACUAUUAAACAGCAACAACAACAACAAGAUAAUAAUAAUGAUAUAGCAAUAGAUGAACAAAACAAUGAUAAUAGUAUAAAUGAUAGUUUAGAUUUAAAUGAUAGUAUGGAAGUUUCAAAUAUUGAUAGUAAUAGUAAUAAUAAUAAUACACAAAAAAAUAGAGAUAAAAGAAAGAAACAAAAAGAAAAGAAACAAAUGAAAGAGAUUUCACAUUAUUCUAAUCAUUUGAUGCUUGCGGAAUCGAUGACUGAUAUUCCAAUGUAUUUCAGUGAUGAGUGGUUUGCUGUGCCCGUUUCUCAAGGUAAGCGAUGUCUUGUGAUAUCACAGCGUGAAAUUACGGUGGCACGUUCACCUGAUGGUCAUGUCAUGUCGACGUUUCACUCGACACUACCCUUUGGUUCACCAGCAUCACGUGAAUCCACUGGAAAUGUUGCUAAUCGCUAUUGCAUUCUCGAUUGUCUCUACGAACCAUUUAAAUCGGUGUACUACAUCCUCGACAUCCUCUGUUGGAAAGGCAAUAUGCUGUGUGAUUGUGACACUGAGUUUCGAUUCUUUUGGAAACAAACAAAGCUGGCAGAGACAACGGCAUCCACCAGAUCCAACUACAAUCCACAUCCAUUCAUAUCGCUACCUUCCUACGGCUGCGACUUGGAGUCACUCGAUCAACUCAAUCAACUGAGAAUACAAUCACAUCAAACACCAGAACCAACAACAACAACAACAACGCCAAUCAACGACAAACAAUACCCAAUAGAAUUCAUAUUAUUUUAUCACAAAGAAUCACAUUAUGACUUUGGAUCCACUCCACUGCUCCUAUCGCUUUCAUCUCACCAUUUACCAGAUUUAGUUGAAAAGUUGAAAAUUGAUAGCAACAGUAACAUGGAUAAUAAAAACAAUUAA